UUCGGAUUGGGAAAAUACAUCCUGUGGAUAGCCGAAUUUAAUCUGGUAAACCAAGAAAAAAAAAAAUGCAUGACGAGUGGGAAGCAAUGGAAAUAGUGAAAACCGAAAAAGGAAGCAAGAAAUUUUAAAUAAGAAGUUGGGUUGGACAAAAGUUGCAUCUGUCAGAUUCAACUCCAAACAACUGUCCUGAAAGAGCUCGCCCGCGUUGUGUUUUGAAACCGUGCAAUCCAGUGAGGCGCAAACCAUUCAACAAACGAAAAUAUAAACGCAGGAAGGAAAGGAAGGAUAGUGGAUGUGAAAGGAAAAUGUGCAGCAUGUUGUAAUGUUUCGGGGUUAGAAGUUGAUGAAAAUAAUAAAAGGCAUUACGAGGGGAUGACAAAGUGUGACGGUUGAGCCUUGCUGAAUGUCCUCUUUGGUGAAUAAUCUUGUGUCGAAUUUAUCGCAAAGUAGCAUUAACAUACAGUUAGUCGUGAUUAUUGUUCGCAAUUACUUCAAUAGCAAGUACGUUUGUCUACUGUGAUUUGAGUAUUGUUUAACAAAUGAAAUGCAAACCAAAUAAUUAUCUGUUUGCUGAAGACAAGUUACUAAAAUGUGUACUGUAAUGAGCAGAAAAUAAAUUAUCAAUAAAAGACUAUACAAAGUUAAAUCUAGUCAACUAUAAGUGAACAAAUUUGAAAAAUCGCAAUUAUUCCAGAAGUCACAGAAGUGUUGUGGUGAAUAGCCAUGUGCAAUUUUGUUUGGUAGCAACCCAUUACCGGAAAAAUGGUUCAGUUUAAAGAAGAUAAGUACAUGCAAAACGAAGUAAAACAAUAACGCAUAACAAGAAAUUUUAAUUGUGUAAUUCAAAGCUAUGUUUUAGAAAAAAAAGAAAGGAAAAAGUCUAAUUUAAGAAAGGUGUUUGAGUGCAAGAUUCUCUAGAGCCGAAAAGCGGAGAAAAACUGUAGUUGUCAGCAGGAAAUUUAAUCAUGAGAAACAGGAGGAGCAUACAUCAUGAUAGUUGUAUUGGUCAUCUAGUGGUAAAAUCAUAUUUUCUUCUGUGGUGAAAACCAGUGAAAUAAAAGUUCCAUAGUGAUCCUGCUAUUGAUUUGCUGUUCCAGACUCGCAUAACAUAUACUCGAAAGCUGGAAUCAUAUCCCGGAGGACUGUAUUGUUCGUCCAUUUAGAAAAACUGAUUUGGUUCGAAUCAUCUGAUAACGUACGACCCUGGCGCGAAUCACUUAAAUGGAUUACCAACGAUACGAACUUUAAUUCAAUAACAGAUAUGCAGAUGCUAUGAGUGCCCAGGGGGGCUCCCUAGGGGUCCCAUCUUUGGGUAAUCGCAGAUCUCCGCUAACAGGAGAUUUGUUUCUGCUUUACGACAACUUACUGAAAACAACUUUGGGCAUAAGACAACAUCAAUUUCUUAAACACACAGAGUAGCGAAAUACGUGGCAUUGGCAUCGAGAACAAUUAGUGCGAAAUUUUACCGUGCAGUGCUCAGGGCAAUCAGCGAAUAGUUAUUCCAUCAAAACUAAAAUUUGUACGUUAGACAUGGUUGCUGCAGCCGGAGGGCAACAAGGUGGGAUGGACGUCGGCUAUAACCCUCAGAUGAACAACAUGGCAAUGCAUUCGCAGACAUCAUGGAACCAAAUGAACGGAAUGAACCAAAUAGUGGGAAUAAAUCAUCAAAUGGGUGGUGGUGGCGUAGGUAGUGGUGGUCCCCUUAGCCAAAUGAAUCCAAUGGGUCAGAUGAGUGGAGCUGGUAUUGGAGGUGGCAGUGGGGGAACAGGUGGAGGUGGUGGGACGGUUGGUAAUAUGGGUGGAAUGGCAGGCAUGCAGAUGAACCAGAUGGGUUCGAUGAAUGGAAUGGGCAAUUACGGUAGGCAUCACCAGCAAAUGAACCCAAUGGCACAGAUGAUGAAUAUGGGCAUGGGCAUGGGAAGUCAGAUGGGGCCAGGAGCUGGCAUAAACGGAAUUAAUCAGAUGAAUAGUAUGAAUCCACUUAGUCAAAUGAACCAGAUGUCACCGAUGUCGAAGAUGCAAGGAAUGGCCAAUGGAUAUCCUCCGCACCCAAGGCGGAUGACACCGUACCCAAACCCACAGAUGCAGAUGGCACAAAAGAGAUCAAUGUACGGAAUGAGCCAACAAGCGAUGCCCGGUACAACUUCACAGUUUCCACCUCAUCAAUCAACCGGCGUUCCUUUACCAAUGCAAGCUAAUACCGGUUAUGGAAGGCAUGGUCCAAUGCCAAUGGGCUAUCGUGGAGGGCCUCCAAUGAUGCAGCAGCGACAAAACACUCCUCCGUAUAGUGCCAACAGUGGCCAUACUCAACAGUAUUAUAACGCAGGAUACCAGAAUAUGCAAAGCUAUCAACCGGACAUUCGGAUGAAUUAUCAGCAUAGUCCAGUGCCCGGUAAUCCUACACCUCCACUCACCCCUGCCUCUUCCAUGACACCGUACAUCAGUCCCAAUCCGGAUCUUAAGCCAAACUUACCACACAAAGAUGAAGAGCUACGACUAACCUUUCCUGUGAGGGACGGUAUUCUCUUGCCACCGUUUCGAUUAGAACAUAACUUGGCCGUGAGCAAUCAUGUUUUCCAACUGAAAUCGACAGUGUAUAAUACCCUCAUGUGCCGGCCGGAUCUUGAACUGCAGCUUAAAUGUUUUCACCACGAAGAUCGACAGAUGAAUACCAACUGGCCAGCAAGUGUGCAAGUAUCUGCCAACUCAACUCCAUUGGAAAUUGAUCGGGGUGACAACAAGAAUUCGCAUCGUCCUCUUUACUUGAAGCAAGUCUGCCAACCUGGCCGAAAUACAAUUCAGAUUACUGUUAGCACAUGCUGCUGUUCUCAUUUGUUUGUACUGCAACUAGUACAUAGGCCCUCUGUAAAUCACGUACUACACACAUUGCUGAAGCGUAACCUCCUCUCAGCCGAGCAGGCAGUGGCCAAAAUCAAACGAAACUUUGCAAUUGGCCAUACUGUAAACCCCAACCAAUCCUUGGGAGGAAGUGGAUCAGGUGUUGAUAAGGAAUCAAUUGAACCUGCGGUCUCAACUAAAGUCUCCCUCAAAUGUACUAUCACCUCGAAACGCAUAGCACUUCCUGCCCGUGGCCAUGACUGCAAGCACAUUCAAUGUUUCGAUGUAGAGGCGUAUCUAGCACUUAACUGUGAACGAGGAAACUGGCGAUGUCCUGUGUGCAAUAAACCAGCUCUGACCGAAGGUCUUGAAAUCGAUCAGUACAUGUGGGCAAUCCUGAACACACUAAACUCUUCCAACACUCCGAAUGGUAUGGAAACUGAAGAAGUUGUUAUAGAUUCACAGGCCAACUGGCGAGCGAUAAAACCAGCCAAUGGAGGAAAUUCAGUACCUCCGGGUAGUAAUACUCCUGGGGCAGACGGUAGCGUACGCGGUAGGUCUACUCCGGUUCUGACAGGCAUCAAGUCGGAUCCAGACGGUGAAAACAAGCAGUUCAGUAAGGUUAUGUCUCCUGGAUCGACCUCUCUUCCAACGUGGGAUAAUAUGAAUGCAAUGAGUCCUUAUAUGAGUCCGGACAUGAGCUCAAUCGCUAGCGGUAGCAUGAUGGGUUCAAACAACUAUAAUCAGCGAACGCAAUUUGAGUCAUUCAGCAACCCUAUAAAGCAAGAAACCUUCGCUAAUGCCAUUAAGCAGGAAGCCAACUCUAACUCACAAACCGGAGUUAACGGCGGUGGUGCCGGCAACACCGGUGAUUUCGGAAACAAUCCACUAGCACAUCUAAGUGAUUCAGUCAAUUCACUCGAUCCUCUAAAUGCCAUGGAAAAGUCGUUGAACGAUCAGAUGCCACAUACACCUCACACUCCACAUACGCCUGGUGGUGGAAAUUCUUCCGGUCACCCAAUGACCCCAGGUGGUCCUCCCAGUGUACCGUCUGCAAGCGAUAUCAAUUCCAGUCAAUCGGGUGGUGCCGGAAACGUUAGCAACAGUAGCAGCAGUAGUAGUGGCAACAGUGGCAACAACAGUAGUUCCAAUAACAAUAAUAAUAGCAACAAUCCCGGCAACGCAGCUAGUAACAACAACCAAAAUAACAGUAGCCAUAGCAACCCGAGUGCAAGCAGUCUGAUGCAUUCACCUCAACAUCAACAACAACAACAGCAAGCAAUGGCAAUGACAAACAAUCCAGCGGCCAACAUCAUGAAUUCACCCCAGAGUUUGAUGAACUCACCGCAAAAUAUGAUGAACUCUCCUCAAAGCAUGAUAAAUUCGGCAAAUAAUCUCCAGCAGAAUCUGAUGAACACAAUGAACUCGAUGAUGCAAGGCCAGCAUCAGACUGGAUUGGUCGGUUUAACAGAUGUAGAUUUACCGGUAGAUUUAAACUUCGAUCCUGCCGCAGUUAUUGAAGGUGAAAGUGGCAACGACUUAAAUCUACUUCCGGACAACGUGGUUGACCCGAUGGAGUUGUUAUCGUAUCUAGACCCACCACCUGAUCUGAACACACCACCCUCUAGUGGCUCCAGCAACAAUGCCAACAGUGACGACAUUCUGGCGGCACUAUUCGACUAGAGCAGCAGGCUCGAUCGUGUCACAAUAGUCAACACUAAUAGAAAAAGAAAAUCGUAAUGUAAGCUAAAAUGUGAUGAUUUUUGUUUUUGUUUUCAUUCAGCUGUCAGAACACUGUCAAAAUUGUUUGUACAGAACGAUCAAUUGUUUUCCUAAAUGUGUAAAGAAUAUCGCUUAAUUCGCUGGAAAUGCAAAACAGAAUUAUGUAAAAACGAACACUCUAUUUAAGUAUAUAUAAAAAUGAAAUGUGAUUUCGAAUGUGGCGCUAAUCUAAUUCAAAUCAUAGGUUACAAACGAACAAACAAAUAAAAGGACCUUGCAAGUGAUAGCCAAAAUGGUUUUGGAACCUUCUACCUAUUUUUCGUCACUGAGAAAACAUGGAAUGCUUACAGCAUUAAUUUGUAAUUCAAUAUUUAUUUUCCAUGAAAUAGUUUUUAGUCUUUUGUGAAAAGGAAAUUAUUUAUUUUGUACAAAAUAAGA